UUAUCGCAGCCAUUAGAAGGAAAAGUUGUAGCAAUACAAGCACAGUAGACUUCUCUUUCCACCCUGCCCCCCUCCUUUUCCUUCCCCUACUCCUCUCUUCCCAAGCUGGAUCAGUGUGUAGGGAGGGCAGUCAUCACGCCAUCCUGAGCAGCAAGAGCUGACGUUGGACGAAGCUGCCAGGUAGCUGAAAAAAGGCACAGAAGGCAGCUGAUACCCACUUUUCAACGGUUUGUGUUUUUUUUAGUCUGUAUCUGGACUUCAAGCAACACAGCGCCUGAGACAGCUCAUCUGAACCACGCUGUAUUGCAAUACUCGCUCUUCUCAAAGAAAAAGACUCCACUGAGCAGCAGAAUGCUGCCAGUGUCGCAGCCAGGUCUACAAUACAGAGCCUUUUUGUAACAUUGCAAAUUUCUUUCUGUUCAGAUAUUUGAAAGACACAUAUACACUUAUAUAUCAGUUCUUUGUUUUCUGAGGACACCUUUGGAUUUUUUUAUUUUUUUUCCCUGAUGUGACUUUUUCAUCUUGGAAUGAUGGGGAUCUUUCUAGCUUAUAUUGGAUUCAUUUUCUUUUCAGUUAUGUAUAUUCAACAAGGACUUUCUACCCAAGCAAAAUUCACAGAGUUUCCCCGAAAUGUCACGGCCACUGAAGGGCAGAAUGUGGAGAUGUCUUGUGCUUUCCAAAGUGGCUCUACUUCGGUGUACCUUGAAAUCCAGUGGUGGUUUCUGCGGGCAGCUGAGGACCAAGACGCUGGUGCUGAGGUGACAGGCACUCAGGUGGAGUUCCUGCCCGAGCGGGACCUGGACAGCGACGGCACGAAGAUCAGCACAGUGAAAGUACAAGGGAAUGACAUCUCCCACAAGCUGCAGAUAUCAAAAGUGAGGAAAAAGGAUGAAGGCUUGUAUGAGUGCAGGGUGACCGAUGCCAACUAUGGAGACCUUCAGGAAUACAAGGCCCAGGCAUUUCUCAAAGUCAAUGCUAACAGCCACUCUCGGCGAAUGCAAGCCUUUGAAGCAUCCCCAAUGUGGUUGCAAGACGUGAAACCUCGUAAAAACAUCUCAGCAGCUGUCCCAAGUAGCAUCCACAAUUCUGCCAAUCAGCGUGUACGUGCCACCUCCAGCCCCGAAGCAGCAGCCAAAAUCCCCAAACAAAGUCCACAAUCAGAUGAGAAGCAGGAAGUUUCCCUUCUAUGGUGUCCUACUUCAUUAUGAAAAUCUUUUGCAUCACAUAAAAUGGAAAAGAAUGGGUGCAAUUAUCUGCUGGCUGGAACGGACACAACUCUGCUGAAGUCGAAAGGAUGUCAUUCAUCUAAAAUAGCAAAAAAUUUGACUAAAGGAUGAGGAUGAAGAUUAAUUCUCCUCUACUCUUAAUGUGAGAGUGAAUUACAAGAAGAAUUGAAGCUUUGUUCAGCUUGUACCACCUGAUAAAGUUUAGGACAGUGAAGGUUUCUGGAAACUGAAUGAAGGGAAGGAAAACGCCUGAAAACUGCUCCUUUCAGCUCGCAGAUUCAGUGGGAGAGGACAUGAUUGAUGGUGGGUUUUGCUGCUUCAGGUUUUUUUUCUGUGCUUUUUGUUCGCCUUUGAUUAACCUUUUUCUAGUGUUUCUCUUUCAAACCUUAACCUAGACUAGCUAGAAAGCUCAACAAUAUCAGUAUAUUCUUAUUCCCUAGAGAGGGAUUUUUAUUAAAUCAUUUAAAAGCUUCAAAGAUAUUCCAGAGACUGCUACUAUAUUUAUGCUAGAGUAAUAAUCAAUUCUUCUUCGUUGAUGAUAAAGCUAGAUGGUAUUUGAAGAGAAGCUAAUGAUCUUGCUGCUUUCCUUGAAAAGACUACUCCAAACUCCAUUUUACUGUAUCAUAAGGAAGUUGCCACUGUACUUUUUGGCAGUGCAAAUUGUUAUCCUGUCGGUGUGUGGGUGUUCUAGUCAGAUCCAUCUCACUGAAGUUUUAUCCCCCACCUACUCACGAAUGCUACUAUCUUGGAAAAAAAGCUGCCUAAUUUUCUGUGAAUAAAAUGUGAAACUUAGUUGCACAGCCCCAUUUAAGUGCUUCAAACAUUCAAUCUGUGUGUUCAUCAACCAACAAAAAUACAAAGAAAAAAUCUGGAUGCUACUUCUGCUGCCAUUGCUAUUUUUAGUGCUGUUAUUACCUCAGCUGCUGUUGUUUUGUGUGACACUGACUGAGGAUUUUGGACACCAAAUCACAGCCAUGGGCCAAUAAGGAUUAUAAAAAUGACUUCAACAAGGCUACAGAAGAUGGUGUACCCAACUCCAGUUCAUUCUGUGCUACUGAAAGAAAAAGUUGAAAAGACAAAAUAUUUUGUCAAGGAGCAAGAAUAAAUCAAUCAUGAAGGCAAAAACUAGCAGUAGGUCUCACAGGGAGCUAUACAUUCAGAGGGUGCAUGGCCCUUUGGGAGAAUUAUAAUGUUAGAUAAUAUGACUACAUAGGUUUGUGCCUGAAAUGCUGACAAAAUAACAGGUCAAUUACUUAUUUUGUACUUUUCUGAAUUAUUACCACACAUUCAGUAUUUAUUAUUCAAUGACCAUCUUUUACCUGAAUAGUCUUUGAAUAUUGAUUAAUGAUAUUUCAUGGUUAUGAUUGAUCCCACAUCUCAGAUGUAUUUGGCCAAAGACCUUGAGCUUCAUUCUCACAGUCCACAAUUUUCAAACUAGUGUACUGUGGCUGUAGGAGUGAUUUUAUUUUAAUCAUUUUUAUUUGCAUCUUUCUUUUUAACUUGCAAAACAGAAAUACCAAGGGUGAAGGCUUUAGAUUAUGAACAGAGAUUUAGCUUUAGCAGUUUAAAAUGAUGCCAGACAAAGUAUUUGUUAUGCUCCAAUCUAAAGUUAUUGCCCCAAAUCUGGGUAGUAAGAGGAAAUAGGUGUUCACUGCUCAGCUUUUCUAGUUCACAGUGUCAAGCCCUUAUAUUGUCAUAAAGGCAUCAAUGACAGCUAAUAAACUAAAGCAGGGCUCUUAAAUUGGGAUAAGUAAAUAGAUGGCAUGGGGUUUGCUUCUACCACUUUUACUAUUGGAGAUUUAAUUUCCAUAAGAGGGGGAGGCAGAGAGGUGGGGGCACUAUCAUCUUAAACUGCUCCAUCUAAACCCAUUAAAAACUUGUGAGUCAUAGCUCUUAGACAGAGGCAACUUCUUUUAGUCAUUGUUCUAAUUUCUGUAACAACUGCAUUAUUCACCAGGCAAACAAAGGAUCAGAGGAAUGGUCCCUGCCUCAAAACACUUGCUAUCUAGGAAUCAGACAGAAGAAAAAACAUACUCAUGCAAUGGAAACAUAGCUGAAUUUAAUGAAAAUAGUUCUUAUAUAAAUUAUAUAAACAGAAGGAGGCUGGGUUGACUGUAUGUCAAACAUAAGCCAAAGUGUCAAAUGUGAAAAAUGAGAAAAGGGGAACUGCAUGUCACAUAUUGAAAUAUUGGCAAAAAAUCAGAUUUUUUAUUCUGUCUCUGUUAUAAUACAUUCUUUGCAUAUGUUUUUCAUGACAGUGCUGUUGAAGAUUAUAGUGUAAUAUUUAGUAACACCCACCUAAAUUUUCUUUCCAAUAGAUAAAAAAAAUACCAAGAUAGAGAAAGCAAAGGGGAAAAAGGACAAGUGCAAUUCUCUUUUCUUCAAAUAAAAGUCCAGUUGUAACGUUAUCUUUUAAGAAUGGCUCCAUUUACUGUUUAAUUAAAUGUGGUGUAUAUCAAAUACACACACAUUUAUAUACACAUUACCAAAAUGCUUAGCAGUUUGUGUUGGAGGCAUGUUUAGUUGCAACAGCACAAGCUGGCUACUAAAACAAUGAGUCAAUACAAGCAUUUUUGUUAACAGUCUAAAUUGCACCUUCAUUCAGUAGAGAGCAUAACGACAUGAAAGUACAGUAAUGAUAUAAAAGUAUAAGGAUGAGUUACCACAGAACAGUCAGAAAAAACUGCAUUUGCUUUAGAAUCAGCCAUUUCAUACAGAUAAAUACAAAUACACCAGUUUAUAUUUUUCUGUCAGACUUAUAAAAGGUAUAAGAUUUUUUUUUCUAUGGUUUUGAGAGAUAGGAUGGAAGGAAAGAAUGAGAGGGAAAAGUGCCCAGUGCUGAUAAGAGCAGUCAAAAAACCUACUGCCAGUUUUUCUGAAACAAUAACAAUUGCAUUUGGUUAUGUUUGCAACCCUCCCCCUAAGCUUUGAAGGAGUGCAACAGGCAUUGUUGCCUGGACUGCUUCUCACCCAAGUUUUAUUUAAAUAGCUAUAUUAAAUAGCUAACACUGAUAUUUCACAGACGUCUUUCAUGGUUUUUUCAAACCAAUUUCAAACACCUCUUUCAGCAACUAUUUUCCUAAAAAGUACUCUCUCACUGAAAUAGAAAGAGCUGAAGUCAAUGCUUUACUUACACAUUUGAAAAGAUUUUAAAACUUUGCAAGUCCAAAUACCAGCUGAAGGAAUGAAGAGAAAUAGGGUGUCUGCUGCAAAUGGCUAUUGUUUGGACAUUUGUGACUGUAGGCAGAAUAUCGUUCUCCUGAGAAAGUCGGGGAAAAUGGAGAAAUUGGCUAAGUAAAGUACACUAUCCAUUUAAUCUUUCUGAAAAACUGUGUUCAAACACGACAGUCAUUUUUGGCUAUUUUCAUCAGAAAAGUACAAACAGCUAUAAAUGUUGAUGAACUGCCCAUUUUAAUUAUAUGUUUAAGGAUCUUACAUCUCCCUCCUGUCUGUUCAAGGCAAAAGGAUAACAGGGCUGAAUAAUUUUGGUGAUCUCAUUUUCAUCUUUGAGAAAGACAUUAAAGAUUCUCUUAGCUUCUUCAUAUGCAUGAUGGCCCAAUUAGGAAGCCUGGGUCUACUCAUGAGGCUUAAAAAUGAGAUAUGAACAAGAGCACUUCUUUAAGAAUUAAACAGGGAAUGAUGACUCUCAGAUAUGUUCUAGUAGAAAGACAAAAAUGACAUGAAUUAAAUAUUUCUCUAGGUAGGGGUUAAUGUCAGGAAUUAUGUAGAAAGUGAUCUGAAUGUAAAAUUCCAGUUUAUUUUACACCAGUGUACCCUUAAUUCUACUUCUGUCCAUCUUGGCACUGUGAAAAUGAAGUAAUUCAAAGUCCCACUCCUUUUUCCUUCUCCUUUCAAGCUGCUAUAUGUUGUCCUUUUUUAGUUUUACUAUGGCUUCUUCUGGACCGCUGUCUGAAGCCAAGUAUAAUUUUUCCUACAAGCUACCAGUAUUUGAAGUCUCCCCUAGUUUUUUCUCUUCCAAGUAUUUCCAUCUCAUGUUUGCAUAGAACAUGACCAGAGGUAUAGCUGGCAGCAGGAUAAAGACUGUGACCUCCCUUAGCUCACAAAGGGCUCCAGAAGUUAUUGUGGCUCAGAUUUCUGGAAGAACUCUCUCCUCCGUUUAGGGUUGGAAAGUUGUAAAUUUCUUUUGCCCCAUUACAAGUCUGAACACAUCUGGAUGCCUUAUCUAAUAAAAGCUAAGGAUUAAGGAUCCAUCUAGAAUCCCAUUUUUCUUUCUCAUCUUCUCUUCUGGGCAUCACUAACAGAAAAGGAAUAGACAUCAGAUAAACAGAGAUACAUGCUGAAUGCAAAGUCUAAGUAGACUUCAGGGAAAUUCAAUACAUAACCUGUCCUAAGUUUCUUCUGGUGUAUGAGGCAAAUUCAUUUGCCCUCUGUAGUGUGAGAUGAAGAAAUCACAUUACUUUACAGCCAAUGGAGAAAGAUGGAAUAAAAGCCUAAAGAAAGGGGUCUCCAUUGAAUAUGAGUGAUACUUACUGCUCAUCAUCAUUCAGUCAUUCAAUUCCCCAGAAUUAAACACACAUGACUGAACCCUAAAACACAGUUGAGAACUCAUUCCCCCAAAGAAGUAAAGGGGAUUUUAGGUUUGUGGAUAAGAAAAUUUCUUCCUGAAUGUGGGUAUUUGUAUCCCAUCACUAUAGAAGAGUUAUACACAAUUGAGAUUUAUGCAAUUCAGAGGAAUAAGAAUGAUAGCAAUUGGUAGACCAGAGGGGAAGAAUCUAUUUAUUGAAAACUUGUGUGAGACAUAUUCAAGUAAAGCUUCAAAUAAAAUCAGUCAUACUUGGUUUUACCUGUAGUUAUGGAAAUAAAACUGCAAAUAUCCUCCAAGUAAUCUUAUGCUUCAUUUAUGUCCCCAGUAAAAUUAAGGCAGGUAUCACAUGAACUUUUACUUACUUUACCUGGAAAAAAUGCAAAAUUAUGAUUUUUGUCUGGGUUCAACUGGGGCUGACAAGGAGAGUAUUUAAAAAUCUAACAGUAUAAAGCAAAGAUAAAUGUUACACAACCAGGCAUUUAAAGAUGGAAAACCUCAGCACAAAUUCCUGAAAAAUGAAACUUCCAAGGUUUCAACAGCUCUGUGAUUUCAGAAAUCAGCAGAACAACAAAAUUUACUCAUACCCAGCAGAGCCCAAAUAUAUGUCUCUGAAAUAUAUGUGUUGAUAUGUUGGCCUAAUGCAAUCUGUGCAGAGAAUCUGGGAUGAACUUUUUGUGACUGGCUGUGUUUCUCCUGCACUGGUCAACACAAAGCCAGGACUCUUCUAAGGCAUUACUCUUUCCUGUGAUCAGUUGGUUACUACUUAGAGGAAACUCAAGGAUACCCUAACUAAACCUAUCUGUUUAGUAAAGUACUAAAGAAAUAAUGUUGAAUUAUCAGAUUCCUUCUGUUAUUUGUAUGAGAAUAUACUGUGCAUUGUACACACAACUGUAAGGAGACAAUUUUCAGAGGCUCUGACAGCAAUUGAGGCUCAGAAUGCUGGAUGCUGUUACAUCCCAGAGAAAUCCUAAACCUUACAAAACACAACAUUGCUAAACUUCAAUUCUGGCAGAUGCAAACUGUUUGAGACCCAGGGUGGUUUACCGUGUAAGGUAUUCUACAAAUAGAAGAUGCUAAAAUAUUAAUUCCUGAGGCAGUUGCUUUGUUCUCAAUUCAGUGUUUCAUCCAGUUGUGAAAAUAAAUGGGAAAAAUUAUUCAACCAUCCCUGCUUGCAUCCCCAAAUCACAUGUAUCAUACACAAAUUUUGUCUGAUCAAUAUCUUAGUGAAGGCAAGGGGUCAUGCCUGUUUGCAUUCAGGCAUGGAAUAAGUAACUAAUAUUUUGACCAGUUGCAUUUUACUAAGAAUUUAUAACUUUUGGUGGCUUUAUUUUAUAAUUAGUUGCUCUAAAAUUAAUUUCAUUAACAAAGCAAAAUUGAUGUUUAGCUGUGGGGUUCAUACACCAUGAGCCUUGAAAUACAAGCAUUUGUGACAGAGACUUUUUCUUUCAUUUUAAACACUAGGGUCACAAUUAUUUAUCACUUUUUUUUUUCUGUUCUUAACAUUUAAGUAAAUCAUAAAUUCGAAUAAAACACAGUUUCAAACACUUUAAUGUCAUGAACUAAUCUUUCAUGCUGUUGCACAAAAACUCAUCAUCACAUGCCUUUGGCAAUAUAGCAUUUGUUUACAGGAGAAAGCUCAGUAUUUCAGGGACAUUUG